AUGAUACACCACGUCCUUGCUACUCUCGCUAGGCGAGCAGAGGACCGGCCUAUCUCGCCCAUCACCGACGAGGCCACCGCGGCUGCGGCUUUCGUCUCACAGCAGCGAUACGUCCUCGGAUGCAUGUUCGCUCCGCUGAUCUUUGACAUUCUCCUCCUCGGUGUCUUCCUCAUGCAAGUGUACACCUAUUUCACCUACCAAAAGAACGACCGCUGGAUCACAAAGGCCGUCGUGCUCACCGUCCUAUUUAUCAAUCUCUGCUUCUCAGGCUAUCAUACCUACUUCAUCCAGUGGCUCUUCGUCGAGAACUUCGGACUAUGGGCGCCCUUCUUCAACACCAAGCGCCUGGCAUGGGGUCCAUUUAUCGACUCGCUCAACUCGUUUGUCGUUCAGGUCUUCAUGUCCUACCGCGCCUACCGCCUCCUCAACCGCCAGAUCUGGAUCCCCAUCGUCGUCACGGCUCUCUGCUUGACGUCUAUCGGUGCUACUCUGAGCGUCCUCAUCAUCUUCUCGAACCUGAACUCUCUCAUCGAUGCUUACCGCGUCAAGAUCCCUGAGCUGCUAUGGCUUACCUCGGUCAUGUGCGCCGACUUGAUCAUCACGAUCUCGAUCAUCUACGGCUUGAGCAAGUCCAAGACUGGGUGGGCUCAUACUGACAAGACUAUCGGCAAGCUCGUCAGGAUGACUAUUGAGGGCCAGGUCCCACCGUUCCUCAUCGCGUUGAUCUUCAUGGUCGAGUUUAUCAACACCCCCGACAACCUCCUCGGCGCCACUCUCCAGAACCUGCAGUGCAAAUUCUACGCCGUCGGUAUGAUGUACUCCAUCAAUGCUCGAGUCUCUUUCCAGCGCGAUAUCAACGACGCUCGAUCUCACAACGGCCAGGUCUUCGCCAUGAACAGUCGGCCGAACCCAACUCAGAUUCAGGUAGCGGUAGAGACUGAGACCUACGUCAAUGGCCCGUAUGACAGUAGCUAUCCAGACAAUAGGAAGGACGAGGACUCUCUCUCCGACACCGAGCCAAAGGUCGUUGCGUACAGCUCCCAGGCGCAGCUGACUGAUCCUCACCGCACUUGA